GGGGAGUUGGUGCUGUUUUGCCUGGGGAUUGGCUCGAUCCACCAUGUCCGACUGCACAGUCUCACUCAGCCGCCCAUCUGCAGGGCGAGAGAAUGCGGAGAGGCCACUAGCUGUGCCACCUCCAUACUCUGGUGCGCCCGGACCCGAUGAGAGUCUGGAACUCCGCAGCACCUUGGAUUGCUGGGCCUGUGCCGUGCUGGUCACUGCCCAGAACGUCGUGGUCAGUAUCUUCAACAUCCUGCUCAUCGCUGCUGUCUUCGGCACUGUCCUGAUGCCUGCCAGUGUCAUGGUCAUCUUCGGCUUUCUCUGCCACUCACAGGUUCUGAAUUCCCAGGCUGCCCACUGCAAGGAGAUUUUGAAUGAUAACAGUUCCACGGCGCUGAUGGUGGUGGGUUUUGUGUUGGUGACACCGCUGGCAGUCCUGGCUCUGGCUGCUUACUGCCGGCUCGCCCGCCACCUGCAGCUCAGCCUGUGCUUCAUCCCCUACAGCAAGGCCGUUUACCGGAACCUUCCUGCCUCCCACUACCGGGGGGCAGGUCUCUGCUGCCUCAGGACAGGGAAGGCCACCAGAAAAGUCUGGGUGUAG